GUUUUAAUAUCAUACGUGCAACAUAGUAAAUUCCAAAAUUAAACACACCGUUGUUUGACAAGCUGUUUAACAUCUUCCUAAAUAAAAAAUAUAUAUCGUUUUUGUUAAUAGAACAUCUUUUAUGUAUGAAAAAAAGUUAUUUACUUAAUUCAGUAAAUAAUAUCUUUAUUAUUUACUGCUACUGACCUAACAAUUUUUUUUUAAUUCUAAUUUUAUCUAUUCUGCUUAAUAUUUUUAUAUUAUUAUUUUGUAAUGUUUUUAUUGAGAAUUUUAAAUUUUGAAAAAUUGUUUAAGUGCUGCCACACGCACAUUACCAUUUAAUUGCUACACUUUAGUAUAUUCUUUCUUUAUUAUAAUGAUAACUACUAAAAGUGAUUUAAUAGUGUAUUACUUAAUUCUUUAAUCAAAUGCGAGUUAUUUACAAGGGAAUUGAAAUAGUUUUGCAAUGCUUAUUGUUUAUUAAUAAGUCUGAAUUAUUUCUGCAACUAUUUCUUUGAUUUUUACCCAAUUAAAACUAUGAUUGUAUACAAAUCAGCUUACUCUCUUGAUGAAAGAUGCGAUCAUUACGUAACGAGCACGUAGCAAAAUUCAAUUAAAAACGAUAAACAUGAAGCACAUUUAAUUGAAAAUUCUUCAAUCAAAUUGUAUUGGAUGUACAUACAUCCCAGGCUGGGCAAAAUCGCGCUAUAUGCGCAUAUAGCAAGAUUUUGCUCAGUCAGCCUGGGAUGUAUGUACACCCAAUACAAUUUAAUUGAAGAAUUUUCAAAAGCUGCAGUAACCUUUACUGUCGUGAUACACAAUUAUCUAGUAUGAUUUUUUUUUAUAACAAUAGGUUUUAGUCAUCGAUAAUUACGUAACAACGAACGGCAUGUGCACGUUCUCUCUAUCCCCCCCCCCAACUUAUUGUAGAUUAUUUACUAAUUUCAAAAGAUUUCUUUUCAGUGUGAGAUCGAUUAUUUAUUAAUGAUAACUUAAUUCAACAUCACAAUUUUUAAUAAAAUUUUUGUCAUGAAAAGAAUUUAUUAAGUUAAAUCAAAUUAUUCAAAAAAGAUGUUUUUAAUCGCCGACGUAACUUAUUUUCUUUUUAUUGUUUGUUACAUUAAAAAAUUAUGAGGCUUCAUGUUAGUACUCAUUCGAUGAAUAUACCUAAUAUCUUUCCACGUUCUUCAGGAUUUUAAUUUUUUACGGUUAUGUUUUUUUAAGACAGAAAGAGACCUAAAAAGUUGUAAAUUGCAGAAUCAACUCAGAUACACGGAGAAUGACUAUUAUUUUACAAGAUGAUGCUGAACCUUGUAACUCGAACGAAGCAGGUAGAAUUUCAUCUGCACGAAGAUGCGCAAUUAGCUGCAUAAUGGCGACAGUAUCAAAUUAUGUACGUUAACACAAACAGAGGAAUAUUCGAGACAUGAAUUUUGGAUCUUUGAAUCAAAAUUUUUUUUUAGCCGGGAAAUAUUGAAAGUUACCAGGCCAGUUAAUAAAAUUUAAUAAAUUCAAUUUAAUUGAACCUUUGUUUCUUUCGGAAGCUGAGACAAGACGAGUAAAAUUUUAGGUAUAUAAAUUAGUUUCGAUCAAGCUAACUAGACGUUUCCCAUAAGCGUUAGUUAAAAUGAUGGAUUAAACCGCGAUAUUUCACUAGCGCAUCCCAGUCGAUAUAAUUUGAGAGUGCUUUGCAGUUUGCGAAUAAUACUUUUUUAAUUUAUAUAACAAAUAUUUCGUGAUAUUUAUAUCAUAAUUACUUAUUGUAUCUAUUGCUUUCUUUUAUGUAAAUUUGCAAAUGUUACAUAUUAUUUAUAUAAUAAGUAUGUAAUAUUUCAAUAUAUAGAAUUUAGACAUUGGAACUAUGUAGACGUUAUGCAAAAAAAAUUAAUUGUAAUAAGAUGAUAUAAAUGUAUUAUAUAAUUAUUAUUUUUGAAAAAGAGCGAAAUUAUAAUAUUACUGCAACAUUGCCACAACUUUCACGUUAUAUAAAAUAUAUAUAAUACUGAAACUUAAAUUAUAUAGUGAAUACAUAACUGUGUCGAUUAGGGUGAUAAAUUUCGUUUUUUCAACGACAGUUAUAACUAGAAGGUGAUAAGAAAUAAAUUUAAAACCGUUAAAGUUAAUUAGGACCGUUAAAAAUGAUUUCAAGAAUAAUCAGCAAGAACGAAUCAAAGUAAAUCUUAUAAAUUUCCCUUUUCCGCCCCAAAAAAGUGUCUGAACGCAGCAAUGCACAGUGAACGCUCCAAUGUGGUCCACUUGAACGGUUAUCCGCGCGCAUGACUCUACUUUUUCAGGCUAUUGGGGGGUUGAUUUCCGUUGGACGGCAACCAAAGGGGUGUGCGGUGGUGGCGGUUUAAGCCGCGCUUUAUAUAAGAGUAGCCUGACUUUAAAACUCGACCACUGGUUUCAUUAAUACGACCGGGACGGAUCUGUUUCAUUGCACGUCUCCCUUGAUUUCUGUUCAGUGGACUUACAAGGACGCAGCAUCAUUAAGCCUCUUUUUUUGUUAAUCGAAUUCUCUUCCCUACUGUGGAAUAAUCGUUGAGCACUACGGAAUACUGUAAAGUACUGUGGAGUUUCCAUUUACCGGAGAUUGACACCGGUAGUUGUAUCAUCCGAUAAGAUAUAGCAUGCCGAAUUUGAGUAUCCAUCUGUCGGAAGACGUUUUCAUCCUUGAAGAACGAACAUCGACCGGUAUCUACACUUUCGCAGCUAUCAUAUUGAGCUUCAUCGGGUUUUUCGGUUUUGUCUUGAACCUACUGGUUAUAGUAACGGUUAUCAAGAACGCCAAUGUAUUAUGGACUCCCAUCAACGUGAUCCUUGUCAACAUGGUCGUUGGAGAUUUCUUAGUUGCUGCACUGGGCAAUCCUUUUGCAAUAACAUCAGCAGUCGCAGGUGUAUGGUUCUGGAGUUACGAUGUGUGUUUAUGGUACGCAUGGUUCAUGACUACCAUGGGAUUUGCUAGUAUCGGUAAUCUGACAGUGAUGGCAAUAGAGAGAUUCCUACUAGUCACAUGUCCAAUGAAGACAAUAUCUAUAAGACACGCUUACAUACUGGCAAUCCUGGUUUGGAUGUACUCUUUCUCCUUGUCGUUACCACCGUUUUUCAAUUGGGGAACCUACGGUCCGGAAGCAGGUAACAUAUCCUGCAGCGUAUCCUGGGAGAAACACGAUCCUGAGUCGCACAAUGACACUUACAUCGGAUUUUUAUUCAUUUUUGGAUUCGUUUGUCCUGUCGUAAUAAUCGCCAGUAGUUACUACGGUAUAAUAAGAACUUUGAAGAAAAUAAGAAAAAGAAUCGGUACAAAAAACAGACGGGAGAAAAAGGUCACUAAAAUGGUGUACUUAAUGAUUCUUGCUUUUCUAAUUGCCUGGUCGCCGUACGCCGUUCUUGCACUAGCAACUCAAUACUUUUACAUACAAACCUCCCAUUUAGUAGCGGUGCUGCCAACACUCCUCGCGAAGUCCUCCAUCUGCUACAAUCCCAUAAUAUACGCCAGUAUGACUGUUCACUUUCCUAACACUUGGAAGAAGAUGUUUUCCAUCAAUGGGUAUAAUGCAACAGCACGGAAUAAGCAACAGCACGGAUGCGAGCUGCAAUUUAAACGAGAAGUGUGCUAACCAUCUUUCAAUGAAGUUAAACAGAAAGACCAUAAUAAUCAUAUGUUACUACGUGACCCAUCGCAUUCUCAAAGAUAGAGUAAAGAGAAAGAAGAAACAAUACGUGGAGAAAGUUGUUCCUGAGGAACCAAUAACGCAUAUCUUACUUCAUCAUUACUUCAUCGUUUACACUCAACUACUAUGAAGAACAGUAACUUGACUCUACUUAAAAAUUGCAAUUUUUUUCAUAGAAAUAUACUUUCUCCUCUUUAUCCUUCUUUUAUUUUAAUUUAAUCUUGAAAUGGUACUGUGAUUAAAUGUUCACCCGAGUGUUAAUUCAAGUUUAGUAUAAUUUUUGUUUUAAAAUUUUGACAGUUUAAAAUAAACAGCUUUAGAUUUUUUAUUUUAGAUAUUUUAAAAUAGUUCAAUUAUUUUAACAUCUUACAACCUAUAAAGUAGAUACAAAAUGAUUUUUAAUUAUAUAGGUAAAUUUUCACCCAGAGUAUAGUUAAUGUAAAAAAAAAAUAUGAAUAACAGUUAAUAUGCAGUAUUAACAUCAUGACGGAAAUUUCUCUGGGCGUAUACAUUUCAAGCUUUGAGGGAUUUGCAAUUAAUUCUGACAAACCACCCAGUUACAAUACUACAGACCAGAUAAAUUAUUAUUCAACGUGAUAUAGAUUACGGUUAUAUUUGGAACUACAUAUUGUAUGUUAUUCAUUCGAUAAUUAAAUAAGUAAUUUCGACACAUGCUAUAGAUUAAGUCUGUAAAGAAAUUUUUAUGUAAUGUGUAUGUGAAGAGUAGAAAAAUCUCUCUCUCUCGUUGUACUUUGUGUUAAUAUUUCGUUAUCGUUACGUGUCUGUCGAACGAAAAGAUCCACUGUGAAAUAUAUGUUUCAAUAUGCGAAACGUCAAUUAACUCGAAAAAUUUUCAAGUUUUUGAAUACAUAAUAUUAAUUUUGGAUAGGCACACGCAGGUAUUCCUUGGUGAAAGUUUUUCAGAAAUACUCAGAAUACUCAGAAAGUCUACAUCUCUUAAAAUUUUCCAUACAUGUAAAUUCUGAAAUAUUCUGAUUUCUCAUCUCAUAACUUCUAAAAAGUACUCUUAACUUUUUUAAAUUUUAUAACAAUUCAUCAGAAAUUAUAGAACAAAAAAUCUUAAAAAUCUUAGAAUGUUUUAUAAUUAAUAUAUAUGAAAAGUUUUGAGAAAAAAUGUAGGCUUUCUAAAAAGCGUUCCAAUUUGUAUAAAAAAUCUGAUAAGCUAUAAAAUUAUAUAGAAAUUUUGAAUAAAAAAUAGAUGAAAAAUUUCGAGAAAAAUUUUUACCACCGUUUCCAACGCAAACAUUGAGUAGUUUAAUCUAUCUUCGAUACAACAUCUGUGU